CCCCCGGCCCGUCUCCCCGCACUCCGGGUACUUUUUCUGGGCUUUUUUUUUUUUUUUUUUUUCCCUUUUUCUCUUUCGGUUGUUCGCGGCGGAGCGGAAGGAGGAUGGGGGUUCGAGCUGGAUCGCUUCAGCGGGGAGGUGGAUCCCGACUUCAAGUGCAACCUGUGCAACAAGGUGCUGGAGGACCCGCUGACCACCCCCGUGCGGACACGUCUCUGCGCGGGCUGCGUGCUGCCCUGGGUGGUGCAGCAGGGCAGCUGCCCCGUCAACUGCCAGCGCAUCUCCACCAAGGAGCUCAACCACGUCCUGCCCCUCAAGAGCCUCAUCCUCAAGCUGGACAUCAAGUGCGACAACCACGCGCGGGGCUGCGAGGCCGUGGUGCCGCUGCAACACCUGGGCGAGCACGCCGAGACCUGCGACUUCUCCCCGGCCAAGUGCCGCAACCGCGGCUGCCGCCAGGUGCUGAACCUGCGCGACGUGGAGGCGCACAUGCGGGAGCGCUGCGAGGCGCGGCCCGCGGGGCUGUGCGAGCAGGGCUGCGGGCUGAUGCUGACCCACGGCGAGCGCCGCGCCGGCGCCCACGGCUGCCUGCGGGCUCUGCGCGCACACGGGGCCGCGCUGCAGGCGCGGGCGGCCGCGCUGGAGAAGGCGCUGAAGAAGGAGGCGCUGCGCGCCGGCAAGCGGGAGCAGUCGCUGCUGUCGCGACUGGCGGCGGCGCAGCUGGAGCUGCAGGUGACGGCGUUGCGGUACCAGAAGCGCUUCACGCAGUACAGGCGCCCGCCUGGACGCGCUUGGCCCGCGCAGCCUCCCCCGGCAAGGGUGAAGAAACUAAAGCACUGACUCUGGUCCUUCAUCGGGACUCUGGAUCUCUUGGAUUUAAUAUUAUUGGUGGCCGGCCAUGCGUGGACAAUCAGGAUGGGUCAUCGAGCGAAGGAAUUUUUGUGUCGAAAAUAGUUGACAGCGGGCCUGCUGCUAAGGAAGGAGGGCUGCAAAUCCACGACAGGAUUAUUG